UCUCGCUCAGUCUCAGUUGAUUUUUCAUAGCUGUCGUUUCCUAACGUGUUUACGAAAAAAGAAAGGAGAAAAAAAAACAGAAACGGUUAAUCGAAUUUAAAACAACAAUUUUGUAUAAAAUCAAAAGGCUUUGAUACAUAUAUUUUAAAAGCAACUAUCCCGAAAAAGGCGUUAACUGAGUGGUUACUGCUACUCCUCCUCCUCCGCUCACUUCAUGCAUACAGUUGUAUGUGUGUGUAUGUAUGUGUGUUUGUGUGUGUGUGAGAGUGUGAGAAUGCAUCGUAGGUUCCAGUAACAAAAUAAAAAAUAAAAAAAAGCAAAAAGAAGUGAAAAAAGUGCAACGAAUUUGUUGUAGAAAAGGAACUAACUGCAUUUAAAAGAGCUUUUUACAAUUUGCAAAGACAACCAAAACUAAAAGCACCGCGCGGCAACUUUAACUUUGCAGUCUCAGUGUUGUUGCAAUUGUGUAGGUAGCAGCAGCAGCGUGUAAAGGCCAAAAAGUAGAAGAGCACAAACACAAAUAAAGCACAAAACAUCCUGCACCUGGUAAUAGAGUACAAUCCAAGACCAUUCCAAGGGAAGGAAAGAUCAACGAAAAGAUUAUGGAAAUAGAAGCACGCCAUAACAAACAUGCUACCAGCAAUGGUGGCAGUGGUGGUGGCGGUGGAGGCACCGGUACUGAUUCCAAGGAGAGUUCUGUUGAACGCGAACUGAAUGGCGAGAUCGAGGCAGUGGAACUAAAUGGUAGUGGUUCCUCUAAUGGACAUCAUCAUAUUAAAAAGCCAUUGCCUGUGUCGGCUGAUGGACAUGGCGAUGGGCGGAUUAAGCGCAAGGCCAAGCGACUUAUACAAAGACAAAAUAGUGGUAGCAGUGUCAGCGGUGUUGGCGGUGGUGCUUCCUUAACUUCUGCGACAACACCAAGCAAUGGCUCGGCCACCUCUCCAGGAGUUUUCUCAUCGCCACUUUUGUUAACAGCUAAUGGCGGCGGCGGAACACUGCAUUCGGCCGUUGGGAGCAUCAGUUGCAGUGGAAGUGGUGGCGGCACCGGCUAUGUAGUGCCCCAUCGUCGCUGGAAGAACAGUCGACGUUCACGUAACUUGAAUCGUGGUCGCGGACUACCCAAAAAGGGCGGCGCCGGCGGUAAGGGCGUUUGGGGAUUACCUGGCUCAGAGGCAUUGGCCGAAGUCUAUGAGGAUGAGAACGAUCCUAACUAUGAUAGCAGUGAAUGCAAUGAUCGAAAUGUGGAGCUACGUGAGGUGAUUACAGAAAUCACACCUGAGGAAUUCUUUAAAUUGGCUGAGCCAAUUGUUUUGGAAUAUUACGAGCAUGGUGAUACUCAUGAGGUUGCUGUUAGUUUCGAUGAGAUACUGCAGGGCCCUUUGCGUGAGCAUAUUACCAGCAUUUUAAUCGAAAUUGCCAUGGAUCAUAAGGAUUCGCAGCGAGAAAUGACAUCGGUGCUUGUAUCUGAUCUCUAUGGCCGUGUUAUUACCGGCAAGGAUAUUGAGAAGGGCUUCAAUAUGCUCCUAACUAAUCUGCCCGAUCUCAUACUCGAUACUCCGGAGGCUCCACAAAUGUUAGGCAAUUUCAUAGCACGUGCCGUUGCUGAUGAUUGCAUCCCACCGAAAUUUAUAAUAAAACCCGAGGAACGCACGGAUUUAAAUGAGUAUGCCGAUCAGGCAUUACGACGAGCUGAUUCACUGCUCCACAAACAGGGCUGGGCACAUCUUGACAAUGUCUGGGGCAUGGGCGGGCCCUUGCGUCCGGUGAAGACAAUCACCAAGCAGAUGACACUGCUCCUCAAGGAAUAUCUAUCGUCGCGCGAUAUUGCCGAAGCGCAGAGAUGCCUUCGUGCCCUCGAGGUUCCGCACUAUCAUCACGAAUUGGUCUACGAGGCCAUUGUUAUGACCCUAGAGUCGCUCAGCCAGACCACCGAGGAGGCCAUGUGUGAGCUGCUCAAGUCAUUGGAUCUCACUUGUCUAGUGUUGCCGGCCGGCAUGGAACAGGGCUUUAUGCGUGUGUAUGAUGAUAUGGCUGAUAUUGUAUUGGAUGUACCAUUGGCCUAUAUUAUACUCGAUCGUUUCGUUGAGCGCUGCAAUCGUGCCGGCUUUCUUACUGACAAGAUUAUCAAUAAUGUGCCAUCACGCGGUCGCAAGCGUUUUGUAUCUGAAGGUGAUGGCGGUCAUGUGAAGCCAGCCACUUUGCCCAUUCGAGACUAAAUAGGAAGCAUAACAACAUCCAAAGUGUGAGGCGAGUGCAAGAAUAACACCAUAAAACACCAAAAUACAGGAAGGAUGGAUGGGAAAAGAAUAUAAUGAAAUAUAAAUGGAAUUAAAACCAUAUACUACAUGUGUGUAUAUUAUCUCACAUAUAUGUAUGAAAAAUAAGAAGAAGAAGGAAGAGAGACAACAAUUGAACGGGAAAUGAUAUCCGCCUGAAACUACAAAUUAUAUAUAUAUACAUAUAUAUAUAUAUAUACACGUAUAUGUGUGUAUACAUACACUAUAUAAAUCCUACAGACACAUGCAUAUUAAGUCAGGGAUUUUCUUACCAAAAUCAAUUUUGAUUUCGUUCACAAAACUAUGCAAUGGUUUUUUAAUGUAAAUAUUAAAAACCCAUUCAUAACGGUACAUGUAUGUAUCUACUUACAUAUAUGAAUUGGUAUGAUAUGCUAUUUACAUAAAGGAAACCAAAAUGCUACAACCAACAUUUGCAUUUUGGUACGGAUAUAACCGCUGACAUUGAAAACAACAGUUAUAUUUUCAAAAAAUAUUUGUAAAAUUCAACGAAUAAACUAUGUAUGCAAAAGACAACAAUUUGUGUGGUAGGAAAAGGAUCAUGACGAAUGGCGAUAAGGAAUCGCGAAAGCAGCGUACUUAGCACGCUGUUAUAUUACCAUAUACUGUUAUCCAUAAACACACAAAUAAACAAACAAACACACACACACAGACACAAUUCCAGACAAUUAAUAUGAAUAUGCGAGAUACAGAAUCGAUGUAAAAUUUAAGUUGAACAUGAUUGCAUAAUGAUUAAGAAAAAGAAAAAAAAAACAUCAUUAC